UUUCCUCCUCUCACCCUUUUUCUUUCUUUAUUUUUCUCCCUCCCCCCCCCCUCAUUUUUUCCCCUUCCUGUUGCCCAAAGGGCUUGUACGUGGUAUCUGAGGGACGAGUUACACUGCAUGCCUCUUUUACUUUAGCUUGUUUAGUGUUUUGUUUUUUUUAAUCCUUACACAAUCUUUUUUUUUUUUUUACUUGUUCUCUAUUCUUCCGCUUCAUCCUCAAUUGGGAGGGAGGAGUCUGCUCCAGGAAAUCCCUGACACGCCAAGCAGGCAGGGCUGCCCUCUUUCUACCCUGUAUCAAAGUUUCAUUUUAAUCUUUUACCCUCUUGUUGUUUUAUCUUACCCACCAUAACCACUGCAUAUCUCCUAUGAGGAUCUGGACGCGGCUGUGACCCGUUUGGGGGGAUUUUUUGGGGGGAGGUGGAAACAUGACUCGCUGGGUCCCAACCAAGAAAGAGGAGAAAUACGGAGUGGCACUUUAUAACUAUGAUGCAGGAGCACCAGAUGAGUUAAGUUUACAGAUUGGAGAUACCGUACACAUACUGGAAACCCAUGAAGGGUGGUACAGAGGAUAUGCUCUGAGGAAGAAAUCUAAAAAGGGUAUAUUUCCUGCUAGUUAUAUUCAUCUAAAAGAAGCUGUUGUUGAAGGCAAAGGGCAACAUGAAACCGUUGCUCCGUGUGAGAUUCCUCUUGUUCAAGAAGUCACUACAACGCUACGGGAGUGGUCUAUCAUAUGGCGUCAGCUAUAUGUUCAAGAUAAUCGAGAGAUGUUUAAUUGUGUGAGGAAUAUGAUCUAUGACCUGGUGGAAUGGAGAUCACAGAUUCUCUCUGGAACACUACCACAAGACGAACUUAAAGAACUUAAAAAGAAAAUCACUGCCAGAAUAGACUAUGGGAACAGGAUCCUUGACUUGGAUUUGGUUGUCCGAGAUGAAGAUGGGAAUAUUUUAGAUCCAGAACAAACCAGCACAAUUAGCCUUUUCAGGGCCCAUAAAAUCGCAUCUAAGCAAGUUGAGGAAAGGAUCCAGGAAGAAAGGUCCCAGAAACAGAAUGACAUCAAUCGACAAGCAAAAUUUGCUGCCACUCCUUCCUUUGCCUUGUUUGUCAACUUAAAAAAUGUAGUUUGCAAAAUUGGAGAAGAUGCUGAAGUACUGAUGUCGCUUUAUGACCCUUUGGAAUGCAAGUUUAUCAGUGAAAACUAUUUGGUGCGUUGGGCGAGUUCAGGCUUGCCGAAAGACAUUGAAAGACUACACAAUCUGCGAGCUGUUUUUACAGAUCUUGGAAGCAAAGAUCUGAAGAGAGAAAAAAUAAGCUUUGUGUGUCAGAUCGUAAGAGUGGGACGUAUGGAACUGCGAGACAACAAUACAAGAAAGCUGACAUCUGGCCUUAGGAGACCGUUUGGUGUAGCGGUGAUGGACGUAACUGACAUAAUUACUGGAAAGGUUGACGAUGAAGACAAACAGCAUUUUAUACCUUUUCAACCGCUAGCAUUGGAUGACUUCAUUCGACACAAGCAGCUCAACAUCUCAUCCCGUUUUUCACCCAGGGUAGCAGGAGAGAAUGAUUUCCUACAGACCGUUAUAAACAAAGUGAUUGCUGCUAAAGAAGUGAACCACAAAGGUCAAGGCCUAUGGGUCACAAUGAAGUUGCUUCCAGGUGACAUCCAUCAGAUUCGAAAAGAAUUUCCUCAUUUAGUAGACAGGACAACAGCAGUGGCUCGGAAAAUGGGAUUUCCAGAGAUCAUCAUGCCAGGAGACGUACGCAAUGAUAUUUAUGUUACACUGCUGCAGGGAGACUAUGACAGAGGCAACAAGACCACAGCCAAGAAUGUUGAAGUUACAGUAUCUGUGUUUGAUGAAGAUGGUAAAAGGUUGGAGAAUGUUAUAUACCCUGGGGCAGGCGAUGAAGCCAUUUCUGAGUACAAGUCUGUUAUUUACUACCAAGUAAAACAAUCUCGCUGGUUUGAGACUGUCAAGGUUGCAAUCCCCAUUGAAGAUGUGAAUCGGAGUCAUUUAAGGUUUACAUUUCGUCACCGGUCAUCCCAGGACUCAAAGGACAAGUCUGAGAAGAUAUUUGCUGUGGCAUUUGUAAAACUAAUGAGAUACAAUGGCACAACAUUAAGAGAUGGAGAGCAUGAUCUCAUAGUAUACAAGGCAGAAGCAAAGAAGCUCGAAGAUGCUUCGACUUAUUUAAGUCUCCCAGCAACCAAAAUUGAACUUGAAGAAAAGGGGCACAAUUCAGUUGGGAAGAGCAUGCAGAAUCUAGGCAGCUGCACAAUUAGCAAAGAUUCGUUCCAAAUAGCCACACUGGUCUGCUCUACAAAACUUACACAGAAUGUGGACUUAUUGGGUCUUCUUAAGUGGCGUUCUAACACAAACAUGUUGCAGCAGAAUUUGCGACAGUUAAUGAAGGUUGACGGAGGAGAAGUUGUAAAGUUCUUGCAGGACACGUUGGAUGCACUGUUUAACAUUAUAAUGGAAAACUCUGAGAGUGAAACAUUUGAUAUAUUGGUGUUUGAUGCUUUGGUGUUCAUCAUUGGUCUGAUUGCUGAUAGGAAAUUUCAACACUUUAACCCCGUCUUGGAGACCUACAUAAAGAAGCAUUUUAGCGCAACGCUGGCCUAUACAAAACUGACAAAAGUAUUAAGAAACUAUGUUGAAAAUGCCAAUAAACCUGGUAUAGCUGAGCAGUUGUUCAAGGCAAUGAAAGCUCUGGAGUACAUCUUCAAAUUCAUAGUGCGGUCCAGAAUUCUGUUUAUUCAGCUCUAUGAAAACAAAGGUGAAGCUGAAUUCAUGGAAUCUUUGCUGCAUCUGUUCAAGUCAAUCAAUGAGAUGACAAGCAACAUCACUGAUAUCAACGAUCAGACUGUCAUCGUUAAGGGAGCCGCACUGAAAUAUUUGCCAACAAUUGUGAACGAUGUGAAACUUGUAUUUGACCCCAAGGAACUAAGCAAAUUGUUUACUGAAUUCAUCUUGAAUGUUCCGAGAGAUCGGCUUGUAAGGCAAAAACUCUAUUGCCUUAUUGAAAUUGUGCACAGCGAGCUUUUUAGUCAACUUGAAUGUCGGGACAUCCUACUCCCCAUGAUGACUGAUCAGCUCAAGUACCACUUGGAAAGACAAGAGGAGCUAGAGGCCUGCUGUCAACUGCUUAGCAACAUUCUGGAAAUGCUUUACAGGAAGGAUGUGGGACCAACACCACAACAUGUUCAGAUAAUUAUGGAAAAACUACUAAGAACUGUUAACAGGACGGUUAUAUCCAUGGGGCGUGAUUCAGAACUAAUCGGAAACUUUGUUGCAUCUAUGACGGCAAUUUUAAGACAAAUGGAGGACUAUCACUAUGGUCAUCUUAUCAAGACUUUGGGAAAAAUGAGGACAGAUGUUGUGGAUUUUCUGAUGGAAACAUUUAUCAUGUUCAAGAAUCUCAUUGGAAAGAAUGUUUAUCCUUCUGACUGGGUUAUCAUGAACAUGAUGCAGAAUAAGGUUUUCUUACGAGCUAUAAAUCAGUAUGCAGAUAUGCUGAACAAAAAAUUUCUGGAUCAAGCAAACUUCGAACUACAGCUAUGGAAUAACUACUAUCACUUGGCUGUUGCCUUUCUUACGCAAGAAUCAUUACAGCUAGAGAACUUUUCGAGUGCCAAAAGAACGAAAAUUCUAAACAAGUAUGGUGAUAUGAGAAGACAAAUUGGCUUUGAGAUUAGGGAUAUGUGGUAUAACCUGGGUCAACACAAAAUCAAAUUUAUUCCUGAAAUGGUGGGCCCAAUUUUGGAAAUGACUUUGAUCCCUGAAACAGAACUUCGAAAAGCAACCAUCCCAAUUUUCUUUGACAUGAUGCAGUGUGAAUUCCAUUCAACAAGAAGUUUCCAGAUGUUUGAAAAUGAGAUCAUCACCAAGUUGGACCAUGAAGUGGAAGGGGGGAGAGGAGACGAACAGUACAAAGUGUUAUUUGAGAAAAUACUUUUGGAGCAUUGCAGGAAACAUAAAUAUCUGGCAAAGAGUGGUGAGAACUUUGUGAACCUUGUUGUCCGGCUAAUGGAACGGCUGCUUGACUAUAGAACUAUAAUGCACGAUGAAAACAAAGAGAAUCGCAUGAGCUGCACUGUGAAUGUUCUGAAUUUCUACAAAGAGAUUGAAAGAGAAGAAAUGUACAUAAGGUAUUUGUACAAACUUUGUGAUCUACACAAGGAAUGUGAUAAUUAUACAGAGGCAGCGUACACCUUACUCCUACAUGCCAAACUUCUAAAGUGGUCGGAAGAGGCUUGCGCCGCGCAUCUUACUCAACGGGACGGUUACCAAGCAAGUACACAAGGACAACUAAAAGAUCAGCUGUACCAAGAAAUCAUACAUUACUUUGACAAAGGCAAGAUGUGGGAGGAAGCUAUCACCCUUGGCAAAGAAUUGGCAGAACAGUACGAAAACGAAAUGUUCGACUAUGAGCAGCUUAGUGAAUUAUUGAAAAAGCAAGCACAAUUUUUUGAAAAUAUCGUAAAAGUUAUUCGACCCAAACCUGAUUACUUUGCCGUUGGAUAUUUUGGACAAGGGUUGCCCACAUUUCUAAGGAACAAAGUGUUCAUUUACAGAGGGAAGGAAUAUGAGCGUCGUGAAGAUUUUGAAGCUCGGCUGUUAACUCAGUUUCCAAAUGCUGAGAAAAUGAAGACAACAUCUCCACCCGGCGAUGAUAUUAAGAAUUCAUCUGGGCAGUACAUCCAGUGUUUCACAGUGAAACCCCUGCUUGAACUUCCUCCAAAGUUUCGAAAUAAGCUGGUGUCGGAGCAGAUUUUAAGUUUCUACAGAAUAAAUGAAGUUGUUCGGUUCCAAUACUCCAGACCAUUCCGAAAAGGAGAAAAAGAUCCAGACAAUGAAUUUGCUAAUAUGUGGAUCGAGAGGACAACAUUUUCAAUAACCUACAAAUUACCUGGAAUUUUGAGAUGGUUUGAAGUUAAAUCGAUGUCUACGGUUGAAAUAAGCCCACUGGAAAAUGCAAUCGAAACCAUGCAAUUAACAAAUGAGAAGAUAAAUAAUAUGGUCCAACAACAUAUGAAUGAUCCCAAUAUGCCCAUCAAUCCUCUCUCCUUGCUUCUAAAUGGCAUUGUGGAUCCAGCCGUGAUGGGAGGAUUUGCAAAUUAUGAGAAAGCAUUCUUUACAGAAAAGUACAUGCAUGAACACCCAGAAGAUCACGAUAAGAUUGAAAAAGUAAAGGACCUGAUUGCAUGGCAGGUUCCCUUCUUGGCUGAAGGAAUACGAAUUCACGGAGAGAAAGUAACGGAGGCAUUAAGGCCCUUUCAUGAACGAAUGGAGGCUUGCUUUAAGCAGCUGAAAGAAAAAGUAGAGAAACAAUAUGGUGUCAGGACACUAUCCUCAUCCUUGGAUGAAAGACGUGGAAACCGACCUAGAUCUAUGGUCAGAUCAUUUACAAUGCCAUCAUCAUCAAGACCUUUGUCAGCAGUGUCCGUGUCCUCUAUAUCUUCUGAUAGCACACCUUCACGACCAGGAUCUGAUGGGUUUGUUCUUGAACCUCUCUUACCAAAGAAGAUGCAUUCUCGGUCGCAAGAUAAAUUGGAUAGAGAUGAUCUAGAUAAAGAGAAAAAGGACAAAAAGAAAGAGAAGAGAAACAGCAAGCAUCAGGAGAUAUUUGACAAAGAAUUUAAAGCUGCUGAAAUUCCAUCUCAGCAAUCUGAAGCUGUUAUUCUUUCAGAAACGAUAAGCCCACUAAGACCGCAGAGACCAAAGAGUCAAGUUCUCAACACUGCUUCUACUGACAGACGAUUCUCUGUAUCUCCAAAUCAGGCAACGUCACAACAGCCACCACCAGUUACUCCAAGGGCUAAAUUGAUAUUUAGCUUGCCAGGUAUGGAGCUGAACGGCGUAACUGCGGCAGAACCAGUGGAUGUCCCACCACCGCUGCCAGUCAAAGGAAAUAUGUCAGACUACGGAAAUGUAACAGAUUAUCAGGAAUUCAUCAACCCCUCUUCACCACCACCACCGCCCCACAGGCAUCUUCCACCUCCACUUCCUAGCAAGACACCACCACCACCACCUCCAAAGACAACAAGAAAACAGACAUCUGUGGAUUCUGGAAUCAUGCAGUAACAAAUGUGCCAAAUGUAAUGAUUUAACACUGUUAAUAAUGCAGAAUGUACCUCAUCUGGGCCCCACUGUGUCUUUUUCCCCUUACUUUCAGUGCAAUCAGCCUAGGAGAGUAAAUAAUUUAGAUUUAACAAAAUGUAAAAGAAUUUCAUUAUGAGCUACUGAGUUGUGGAUACUAAUUUAUGUAGAGUAGUAUAAAAACCAUUCUACAAAAUCACAGGCGUGCAAGAAAUAAAAAAAUAAAGCUAAAAUGAAUAAUGGAAUUUUGGCAUUAUUAAAUGUCUACCAGUUCCAUAUUGUCUUGUACAGAAGUUUGUAUAUAUGAUUUUUUUUAUUAUUCUAAUUUAGGUUGUUUUAAUUUUUUUUAGAUACUGUAUGUGCUUUUAACAGGAUUUUCCUUACAUUCUUACAUUUAUAAGCAUUUUGUUUAUACAUUAACUGGUGAAAGCUUAUAGUUAAUAUUCCAGUGGUAAUGUAACCUACCAACUGAUCAAUAUUAUCAUUUGUAGAUUUGCAUUUUAUUAUAAAAUCCAUGUGUAUGCUUUGCUAUUGUGUUUUAUAAUCACACUGUAGACUUUGUUAUAUAUAAUUGACUAAAAAAAAAUAAACAACGUGUUUACAAA